AAAAAGGAGUUGGUUAGAAGUUUCUUGGUUUCCACGCGCACACAAAUUCGCUCUCUCUCUCUCUCUCUCUCUCUCGUUUUGGUGGAAACCGUGGCGGUUUUCCGGUGGGUCAGGUGGUGGUUGCGGUGGCUCAUUUACUGGCGGUUUUCUAUCCGUGGCGGUAAAAAUGGCGUAUAGGAGGAGGCAAGGAAUCACGAGGUCGGCCACUUUCAAAGAGGAAAUUACUCGUUAUCCAACGUCGUCUCCAGAUGAUGAUCACAGGUACUCCUCGUCGUCGUCGUCCUCAUCUCUGGCCGCUCAGGCCAUCCGAGCCUCCGCUGCGCACCGCGAUUCCUCUCUCUCCUCUGCUUAUGACGGCGACUCUGCUUCCCUCUCCUCUCACAAUCGCACACACUCCUUCAAGGACCUCCCCACCCAAGAGUAUGCAUCACUUACAAAUUCAAAUGAAAACAAGGGGUUCUGGGGUGUUCUUGCUCAAAAAGCUAAAGCAAUUCUUGAGGAUGAUGAAGUCUCCCAGCAACUUCAAUCACCAAACAGAACGAGGCUUCAAAUGCAUGAGAACUCUGCAGAUAACCAGUUCCAUCAGCCAUAUCAAUCACUUGAGAGCUCUAAGAAAAUGGAGAAUCCUAGAAUACGAAGAGGCUUGGAUGCACUUACAUCUUCCCUUAAUCACAUUGGCGAUACAAUUGGAAAUGCAUUGGAGGAAGGACGCACCAUUGUGGAGAAUAAGACUCAAGAUAUUAUUCAUGAAACACGCAAACUACAGAUUAGGAGAAAAGGAAGCAGUACUGAGGAACAGAAUCAGGUCUCUGGAGUGUAUAAUCCAUGGCCACAACCUUCAACGCAGUCCACACAACCACAGAUGCAAACCAACAAAGAAACUCAGCUCAAGGCAUCUCGCGAUGUGGCAAUGGCAACAGCUGCCAAAGCAAAACUCCUCCUGCGUGAGCUAAAAACUGUUAAAGCAGAUUUGGCUUUUGCAAAAGAACGAUGUGCUCAGCUGGAGGAAGAGAAUAAAAUUCUUAGAGAGGCUCGGGAAAAGGGAGACAAUCCUGCAGAUGAUGAUAUGAUACGCCUUCAACUCGAGACCCUCUUGGCUGAGAAGGCUCGCUUGGCACAUGAGAACUCUGUAUAUGCUCGCGAGAACCGCUUCCUUAGGGAAAUUGUCGAAUACCACCAGCUCACCAUGCAGGAUGUUGUCUACAUUGAUGAGGGAAUUGAGGAGGUUACCGAAGUUUAUCCCAUUCCCGCUGUCUCAAGGACGCUCUCUGUAUCCCCGCCCUCAAUUACGCCCCCGCGUUCACCUUGCCAGAUGUUCCCAUCUACUGCUGCAUCAUUGAAGGAGGCGAUUUCAAUCCAUGUCCAGCCACAAGCAACAGCAGAUGUUACUCAGAUUGAGACACCAACAGGAGAUGUUCCUCAGAUUGAAACACCAACAAGUUGUAGUAGUGAAGAGAAUGUUCCUCAAACUGAGGCACUACGAACUUCUAAUGGUCCAAUCUCACAAGAUGCAAAAAUACAGUCAAAUGCUGCAUCCUGA